AUGCAGACUGCUUCUACAAACAUCUGUGAAAGACUGUGCAAUAAGUCCAUCCGUGAAAUUUCCUUGCUACUAAAUAUUCCACAUGCAACUGUUAGUGGUAUUAUAAACAAAGUGGAAGCAACUGGGAACAACAACAACUCAGCCACACAAAGUGGUAGGCCACAUUAAAUGACAAAGAGGGGUUAGCGCAUGCUGAAGUGCACAGUGCACAGAAGUCGCCAACUGUCUGUAGAGGCAAUAGUUAAAAGACCUUCAAACUUCAUGUGGCCUUCAGAUUAGCACAACAAUAUUGUGUAGAGAGCUUCAUGGAAUGUGUUUCCAUGGCCGAGCAGCUGCAUCCAAGCCUUACAUCACCAAGUGCAUUGCAAAGCGCCGGAUGCAGUGGUGUAAAGCACUCCAUCACUGGACUCUAG